CGCGCCCUCCAUCGGUCCAUCCCGCCGUCGCACCCUCCACCCCGCCACGACGCCCUCCUUCCCUAUCCAUCUACGACCACACACCUCGACCCCAACCCGACCAUCCCUGGCGCUGCAUCUAGAGCCGAGCGACCAGCCAUCGAUUCGAUCAUGGAAUCCAUGAGAUUGGAGGUGGAGGCGUAGGGCUGCACGGAACGGACGCUGGGACUGGGACACACAAGAGGACGGACCAGCGACCACCUUGCCUGGCCCAUCGUACGUUCGCCAGAGGCGGGGCCACAUGUCACUGUACAUCGGCCGCCUCGUCCUCCACGCCACUGAUUCAAACUCUCCGCCUCCUCCUCUUUGGCCUCGCCUUCCCAGGCGGCGCUCCUCCUCCAUGUACUAGCCAUUGCCGCCACCCAGCUUAGUUCUCUGCAUAGCGACACCGGAUCUCUAGUAUCCCCGGGGAUGUCUUCAUCCCCGUCUGCUCCGGCGCCUCCCGACCCGCCGCAGCCGGAGACGGUGUGGUCACGGGCCCUCCGGAAGCUGCUCCCCGCGGGCGCGCCGGUCCCCGACGAGGACCAGCUCGACUACUCCUUCUCCGUCGCGCUCUCCGCGGACGCUCCGGUCCGUGGGCCACCAACCCCUGCCUCCCGCUCCUCCAACGCCGCGGCGGCGCCCCUCCUCCCCUUUUCGCGCCACCGCCGCCGCAUCUCCCGCCUCCUCCGCCCGGACCCUCCUGCUCCUCCUACCGCGCCAUCGCCGCCUUCCUCACCGGACACCUCGAGCCCUACCUCCUCGCCCCCGCCUUAUAAAUCCCCUUCGCCGCCCUCUCAGCCACUCCCGCCACCCGAUUCGGACCGGCCGGGGCCCAGCAACAAGCAGCGGGCGUGCGCGAGGUGUAGCAAGGGGGUAAUGGGGAUGGGGAUCCUUGGGGAAAGGGAGGAGUGUCUGGCCUGCGGCGCGCGGUACUGCGCCGGGUGCGUGCUGCGGGCGAUGGGGUCCAUGCCGGAGGGUCGCAAGUGCGUUGGCUGCAUUGGCCGGCCCGUGGCGGACGCCCGGCGCCGGGCACGGCUGGGCAAGGGGUCGCGGCUUCUGGCGCGGCUGCUCGCGCCCGCGGAGGUGCGGCAGGUCAUGCACGCAGAGCGCGGAUGCGCCUCCAACCAGGUGCGGCCGGAUGAGAUCGUGGUGAACGGGCGACGGCUCUCGCAGGGAGAGUUGGAUUUGCUGCUCGGGUGCGCUGUGCCGCCAGUGCGCCUCACGCCGGGGCAGUACUGGUAUGACAAGGACUCCGGGCUGUGGGGGAAGGAAGGUGAGAAGCCAGAUAUGAUUGUUAGUUCAAAGCUGAAUGUUGGAGGGAAGCUUCAAGCAGACGCUAGCAACGGUAGUACGCAGGUGUUCAUAAACGGGCGUGAGAUUACGAAAACAGAGCUAAGGAUGCUCAAGUUGUGCUUUGAGGUUAGUGAGUAUAUCACUUCAGGACUUGAGGCUGCACCUCUUUUUGCCAUCUUCUGGACUAGACAACUACACAAGUUCGGCAAUGUACAGUGCCCACGAAAUACUCAUUUCUGGUUAUAUGAUGAUGGAUCUUACGAGGAGGAGGGGCAAAACAUAAUAAAAGGAAAUAUUUGGCAAAAGGCAUCUACUCGUCUUAUUGCUACCCUUUUUUCGCUGCCAAUCCCUCCUGGAUAUUCGCAUGGCUUGAAAGAAGAUGCUUCUGUGUACUUGAGUAGGUUUGUCCCAGAUUACCUGGAGUUGAAACGAGUUCAGAAACUUCUAUUGGUUGGAGUAGAAGGAUCAGGAUCAAGCACAAUCUUUAAGCAGGCAAAGUUCUUGUGUGGAAGCAAGUUCUCUAGAGAAGAAAUACUCAAUUUGAAGCUCAUGAUACAAAGCAAUGUUUACAGAUACCUUAGCACACUGCUUGAGUGGCGAGAAUGCUUCGAAGAUGAAGCUUUAGAGGAAGGGAGAGAGCUUGACACAAGUCAUUACAAGUCUGAUGGUUCAACAGAGGAACCAAAGGUUGCACAUACCAAGUCAUCUUUAUAUUCGCUAAACGAAAGACUCGUGCACUUUGCUGACUGGCUGUUGGAGAUAGUCGCUCUGGGUGACCUCGAUGCAUUCUUUCCUGCUGCAACUCGCGAAUAUGCACCUCUUGUCGAAGAGGUUUGGAAAGAUCCUGCUAUUCAAGCAACAUACAAAAGGAAUAAUGAUUUGUCUUUUCUUCCAGAUGUUGCCAGUUAUUUUCUGGAAAGGGUGGUUGAAAUAUCUAGUAACGAAUAUGAACCUACAGAGACAGACAUCUUGUACGCAGAGGGUAUCAACCAGUGGAAUGGCCUCUCAUUACUUGAAUUCUCAUUCGAUGAGCGAGGCCCAGACUCUAACUCCUACCUUGACAAGCCUGACAAUCCAUCAACAGAAACGAAGUACCAACUGAUCCACAUCGAUUCUGAAGGACUGCGCGGGGGCUUCAAGUGGCUGGACAUGCUGGAAGAUGUACGGGCCAUCAUCUUCUGCAUCUCGCUCGCAGACUACGACCAAAUGUGGGCUCAUCAGAGCUCAGGGGAGCUGAGCAACAAAAUGAUCGCGAGCAGGGACCUGUUUGAGGACGUGAUACGCCGCCCGUCCUUCGAGGACACCCCCUGUGUGCUGCUGCUGAACAAGUACGACACCUUCGAGGAGAAGAUUGGCAUGGUGCCCCUGACGGUGUGCGACUGGUUCGCAGACUUCAGCACCGUGGAGCUACACCACCACACGAAGCAGUCGCUGGCGAGCCACGCCUACUACUACAUUGCGGUCAAGUUCAAGGACCUGUACUCCUCGGCCUUGAGGGAUCACCGGGACAGAAACCGCAAGCUCUUCGUGUUCCAGACGAGAGCCCUGGAGCGGAGGUCCGUGGAGGGCGCCUUAGGGUAUGUCAGGGAGGUGCUGAGAUGGGACAACGUGAGGAAGAGCGACGUGUUUGGUGGUAGCGUUGAUGAGUCGUCUUGCACUUGCAGUAUUGAUAUUGAUAUGAGCACAUCGUCCUAGCUAGCCUUCGCGAGAAUCGCAGAAGGGUUCGGCAAAUGUUUAUGUUUUUUUACUUUCGUCCUGUUUGUUUCACAAUGAAAGCAUUGAUUUCUCACAUUAUUCCUCCAGUGUUCACUUGGCAAUGAAAGGAGAUUUUCUGAUUCA